AUGAUCCCGCAGGACCCGCUGCUGUUCGACGGGACGGUGCGCAGCAACGUGGACCCGUUCGGCGCGUGCGGCGACGCGGCUGUGUGGGCUGCGCUGCGGCAGGUUGGGAUGGAGGAGCGGGUGCGGAGCGGCGGCGGCGGGCUUGACGCGCGCGUGCAGGAGGGCGGGUCGAACUUCAGCGUUGGGCAGCGCCAGCUGCUGUGCCUUGCGCGCGCGCUGCUGAAGCGUGGCAGCGCGUUCCUGCUGAUGGACGAGGCGACGGCGAACGUGGACCCCGCGCUGGACCGGCAGAUCCAGCUGACGGUGCAGCAGACGUUCCGCGACUACACGGUUGUGACGAUCGCGCACCGGCUGCACACGGUUGCUGCGUACGACGUGAUCCUCGUGAUGGACGGCGGCCGCGCGGUGGAGUUCGGCUCGCCGCGUGCGCUGGUGAACACUGGAGGGGUCUGUGUUCUGCAGUCUGGUACAGUUACUAGGCGUGGACGCCGCCAACUCCUUCAGACAGAGUCUCGCAUCGGUAGCGUAGUUUUCCCCACUUUUUCGUCGGGGUGA